GCUGUGAUACGGAUGUUGUGUGCUUAUAUAAAAAAGCGUACGGAAUGUUAUUACAAAGGAUACCAAGAAGUGAUAAAAUAGUAUUUAUUAAUGUUUAGUUCUGGAACCGCAAAGAUUGGUAUAAAACUUGAAAUAAAAACAAUGGAAGGAUUACGCGUUCGAAGGCUUGUCUAAAUAUCUACUUUUAAGAGACUUACGUUUACUUUAACAAACCUCGCUGUUGUAUUUUUCCGCUCCGUAUUGAUUUUCUAAUAGCACGUUGCGAAAGACACUCCAGUAAAACUGAAGUUCAACCUGCGCUGUUGUUUAUGUUUAUAUCUAAGAAGAAUUGUUAAAUAAUAAGACCAUAGUAUUUCAAAUGAACAUGCAUUCAUGCAUAUACUAUUAUAUACAAACAAUUAAUAUAAUUUGGAACAGAGAGCGAAAUUCCGUAUAGCGACACAUCAUUAGUUAUCACCUUCAAUUGGAAUAGCAAUUUUGAAAUUGUGGCCAACGAAAGGAACUAAAAAUUAGUCAACGGAGUAUUGCAAAUUACCAGCAAUCAUAUGUAUGAAUGUGCUUAAAGUUCUUUUCUAAGUAAAUAGAUUCCGUCAUUGAAUUAAUUGUAAUAAAAAUAAGCUGUUAAAUUACUGGUUUUUGUGCAGCCGCAGAAUGAAUAGAAAAUAUAGGACUGAUGGCCUACAUAAAAGGAAAUAGGUGCAACUGUGGAAAAAUACAAGAUGUAGCGGCCAAACUGAAUUUAUUUUCGUAGUUCAUGCCGUUUUGGAUAAGUCAAGAUAUUAACAAUGCAAAAAUGUAACAGUGAUGAGCGCCUUGCGAACGCAAGCUCCAGCCCGCGGUUGCCCCAUAAACAUUUAUCUUUGUUGGGAUUUCUGACAAAGAGGUCCAGUAAAAUAGAGCCACAUCCGCAUGAAAGGGAAUCGAAAAAACAGCACCUUCCUCCUGACUACCUACGUCCCUCAUCAGCAUGUGGAAGUUACAUUAGCAAUAAUAGUCAUGAUGUGACCUUCGCGAAGUGCACGGUUGAUCGCCAACGUACACCACAAUAUCCACAAAAUUCUAAUGGUUUAAAGAUCAACGGAAACUCUUCAUCAGUUAAGAGUAAAACACUUCCAUCUUGUAGCUCAAAAGGCAAUCUUAUAGAAAAAGCAAACGGUAGUAUUGGUAGAAUGCCAGAUUCACAGGUACGCCGUCGUAGUACUGAUGGCUCUCAAAGCGAUGGAGGCGCUGCUGAAGCUGUACUACGUAGGACAGCCAAAUAUCGCUCACCGAAUCAUAAUCGCUUUAGUCACCAGUUUAGUUUAUGUUGCAAAGCGGAAAAGAAGCCUACAACACCUCCAGUAACUGUCCGGUACAAUUCAAUACCAGACCCAGCCAAUACUGUACUCAAACGUAAUAGUCAAACUUUAUGUUGGAGUUUUAUAGAUACCACGUCAGUUUCAUUGCAGUCGGCUGAUGAAAAAACGUCCAUUAACUUGCCAAAAUGUGAUGAAAAUAUGACAAAUUUAAAUAAAACUGCCAAAUUUAAUGAAUGCUCAAGUGCACCUGAGUCACCAGUUACUGCUAAACUUAUGUUUACGUCUUCGCAUAGCAGCCCAUCAAAUGUAUCACUGAAAAGUAGUCAAAGUGAACAAAUGGCUGAAAGCAAUGCUGAUGCCAAUCGAAGAGGUCCGAUUCGGCCUUUGGCAGUAUCUGCUUGCCGCUCGCGUCUUCGAUUAAAGUUGUAUCCACCUGGUAAGCAGCUGCCAUCAAUAGAGCCAAAUGAAAAUGAAGAUCCAGGAAAUAGUAUAAAACGAGCCACAACCCCACAGCACAUGUCUUCGCCGAAUAUUGCGAUACAGCCAGAGGUAUGCAGAGAACUAGAAACACAUGAGACACAAAAUAUCCGGUUUAGUUCGCAUGAAAAUAUUCAAAUGCAGCAACUGCAAUCUAGUCAAGAAGGUCUAGCAAGACGUGCUCUGCUAAGUGCCCAAGUUUUAAGCUUAAUACCAACGGACAAAGCACGUGAAAGAAGUUUUUUAGAGGGACAUAUGGGAUCCUCGUGCUUGCUUGGACCCGCUGAAUUGGAUCGCGUUUUGCCAAAUAAAGAAAUCACGAUUUUUGUAGGGACGUGGAAUAUGAAUGGCCAAAAUCCACCCAAACAAAUGAAUGAUUUUGUUCUGCCCCUGACUAUUGAGCAUGUUCCAGAUGUUGUAGCAAUGGGAACACAAGAAUCAAGCCCUGAUCGUUUUGAAUGGGAAGUGACAAUACAAGAGACACUAGGACCGUCCCAUGUACUUUUCCAUUCAACAAAUUUAGGUACACUUCAUCUGGCUAUUUUUAUGCGGAGGGAUUUAAUUUGGUAUUGCUCAGCUCCGGAAGAUGCCUCUCUGUCGGUUCGUACCGGAACUGCUUUUCGUACAAAAGGAGCGGUUGCAAUAUCAUUUUGUAUCUUUGGAACGUCAAUGUUGUUUGUUACGUCACAUUUGACGGCCCAUCAACAGAAGGUGAAAGAGCGAGUGUCCGAUGUGAAACGCAUUAUCCAUGCACUAGAUUUACCUAAAAAUUUAAACUUGCGUCACAAGAACAAAGACGUCACCCAAAAUUUCGAUAAUGUUUUCUGGUGCGGAGACCUUAAUUUUCGCCUCAGUGAGCCGCGUGAAAAGCUUUUAGAAUGGAUUCAAAAUACCAAAUUUCCACUACCUUCACAUUUGCCUCACGGUUAUAUGCAUACAGAUCAAUUGUCCUCAGUUUUGGCGGAUGGGGCUGCUUUUCGUGGUUUCAUGGAGGCGAAUAUAACUUUUCCGCCAACUUAUAAGUACGAUCCUGGGACGCAGCAUUUCGAUACAUCAUCGAAGCAACGUGCGCCUGCGUACACAGAUCGUAUUCUGUAUAAGUAUAGACAAUCACAGGGUUUAGGCAUACGGAGAGGCAGUAUGAUCCCUCCUGGUGCUACUUCAACUCAGCCCUAUGUGCAAUGCUUGCUAUAUGACUCAGUACCGUCUAUAACCACUUCGGAUCACAAACCUGUUUGGGCGUUAUUUAAGACACUAAUUCGUGCGGGCACUGAUUCUAUUCCACUGGCGGCUGGAUUGUUCAAUCGUGAUAUUUAUUUAGAAGGCAUGAAACGGCGCUUAAACAACCAAUAUUCGGGUUCGUCUGCAGUUUGUGCUAUACAAUAAUGUGCUUUAUGUUAAAUACUCGGAUAUAUAACUAAGUAAUAAGGUCGAGAAUAAUAAUAUAGAUUUGAGCUGCGAUUCUUUGUUAGUUUAUUUGUAGCGACUAGUCAUAUAAACCAAAGAAAAAUACAUAAAUAUAUUAGUAAAUUAGGAAACUAAAAAAAACAUUAACAAAGACAUUGAAGCUAUAAUGACAGACAGGUUGCUAUUACAAAUAUUGUCCAAACGUACAUUAGCGAUACAUUUGCUUUAAUUUUAAAAUAAUGCCGAUUUUUCUAUAAAUAUGUAAUGCGAAUGUUUGCGUGCCUUUGAAACAAAAACUAUUAAUGUUUGAAAGAAGUUAGUGCUUACGUAAAAUAUGUUUUUUGCUUUUUGCGGUGAUAGAAAUACGGUAAAGCUAUAAAAAACUAAAUCUUCGUUGGCAAUUACAAGAGAUCGGAAUCGAUAUCGUGCUUUUGAAGUUGUGUGCUCAUAUUGCGUGAGCCUAUUUAUGUAAUAACAGUACCUUGCGAAACGUUACAUACUCAUAAUCAUACAUAUAUAGAUAUAUAUGUAUAUACAUACUCGAAUAAUCAAACAUUUAAGCUGCACUUUUUCAGCAAAAUUUAUACGCAUAUACUAAAGUAUAAUAUUUGUACACAAGUUAUACUACUCAAUACAUAGGUAGAUAAGCAUUCAAAGAUAUUUUCACAUUUUGCGUGAAGAGUUUUGCUUCUAGAAGUAAUUCAAAAUGAUACUCUAUUAAUAUUCUAGUCAAUUCAUGAAGUAAGUAAUUACUUUGGUUCGAUAACUCUAAAAAUGUAUGCAAAUAAUUAAAAUGAAGUGCUUUAAUGAACAAUUCGUUGUAGUCAAUAGUAAUAAUUAUCGUAAUUAUACCUAAAUACUAAGCUUAAAGAAAAAAGUGAUUGAAGGCUAUAAGUAAAUUAUCAGUUGUUUAUUAUUUAUAUUCGCUUUUAUAGGAUUGUUAUUUAUUGUUUUAUUGUUAAUUUUACGAUUUCUUUGAUUUUGCCUUAUUAAAGAUUGUCUGUUGAUUGUGAUUUAUACUCUCGUUUAAAAUUCUAAAAUGCUUUAAUAAAAUUUAGUAUGAAAUAUUGA